GCUCCUAUUAUAUCCGAGAAAAAAAGUUGGGAGAAAGAAAUCGCGAAUUGGCAGCAGCAAAAAAUCUCCCCCCAAAAAAUUAAGGCUGACGGAGAAAAUCGCUCUCUUUUCACCUGCCCGCCAUAAACCGUCCACCAUUUAAAAUCAAUUUCCAAAAAAUACCAAAACAACAAACCACGCCAACUUUGAGUUAGUCGGCUGUGAGUUUGGUCUGAAUUCAAUUCAAUUCCCUUGUACCUUUUUUCAAUUCCCCCGUACCGCUUCGCCGUCUUGUCCCGUCCACAUCAGUCAACAUGUCCCGUUAUCUACGUCCGGCAGCUCGACUAGCUGCCUCUGCCCGCACUGCGGCAGCUCCCCGAGCCCUUCCCCGUUUCGCCCCUGCCUCGUUCGCCAUCUCACAACGAAGAACGUUCGCCGAUGUCAAGGGAACUAAGGAUUACACUGUCCGUGAUGCCCUUAACGAAGCUAUGGCCGAAGAGCUAGAGGCAAACGAAAAAGUCUUUGUGAUGGGUGAAGAAGUUGCUCAGUACAACGGCGCAUACAAGGUCACAAAAGGGCUGCUAGAUCGAUUUGGAGACAAGAGAGUUAUUGAUACCCCAAUUACGGAGAGUGGUUUCUGUGGUUUGGCCGUUGGUGCUGCGCUGAGCGGUUUGGCUCCUAUAUGCGAGUUCAUGACGUUCAACUUCGCCAUGCAAGCUAUCGACCAGAUCGUCAACAGUGCCGCCAAAACACUAUACAUGUCCGGUGGUAUUCAACCCUGCAACAUCACCUUCCGCGGUCCCAACGGUUUCGCCUCCGGCGUCGGCGCGCAGCACUCUCAAGAUUACAGCGCAUGGUACGGUUCUAUUCCCGGUCUCAAGGUCGUUUCUCCCUAUUCCGCCGAAGACGCCAAGGGCCUCCUGAAGGCUGCUAUCCGCGAUCCCAACCCCGUCGUUUUCCUCGAGAACGAGCUGAUGUAUGGUGUCUCUUUCCCCAUGUCCGAGGCAGCGCAGAAGGACGACUUCGUCAUCCCGUUCGGCAAGGCCAAGAUCGAGCGCCAGGGCAAGGAUCUAACUAUCGUCUCUCUCUCUCGCACCGUCGGUCAGUGCUUGGUCGCGGCGGAGGCCCUGAAGAAGAACUACGGUGUUGAGGCUGAGGUUAUCAACUUGCGAUCGGUAAAGCCUCUUGAUGUAGAGACUAUUAUCAAGUCGGUUAAGAAGACCCACCGCCUUAUCUCAGUCGAGUCCGGAUUCCCCUUCGCUGGUAUGGGUGCUGAGAUUCUGGCCACCACCAUGGAAUACGGCUUCGACUACCUAGAUGCCCCGGCCCAACGCAUCACCGGCGCCGAGGUCCCUACGCCGUACGCCCAGGGUCUCGAGCAGAUGAGCUUCCCGACCGAGCAACUGAUUGAGAAAUUCGCCGCGAAGCUCCUUCGUGUAUAAAGAAAGGAAAUGGGAAAAUAUACAUAGAAGGUGGGGGGGAGGGGUAAGGGGGAUGGAUGGAUUAUUCGAAUGACAUGAGCAUGCAUGAGCAAUGUACAAUAUUAAUCAUUUACUACCCGGUACCUGGACCCAUUGUCAUCUGGACUGGAUUAGGUGUCUCGAAGAUGGCGGAGUCAUCAUUGCCAUAGCAAAAAAAGGGAUACAUUGAUUUUAGAAAACUCUUGUCUGGUAUUUGGUCUGGCAUCUGCCCCGUAUACCCAACCCAGGAGUCUCGUGUCCCUUUCAAAUGCUGAUCAUAGACCUGCUUGCCUGCCGACGUACAUGUAUCUAUCUACAUACCUGCCCACCUCUUUAAGUACUUAAUUGCAUCGGUUUGUGCUUAUACGAUGCGUAUAGAGUAGAGUUUUCUCCGGUGG